GAAUGCGCCAUGGACAGUAAGUAUCCAACAGCGAACGACCAAACUUGCGUAACGUCAACGGCGAGCGAGUUUUUUUUUCUUUUCGGGAUUUCGGGCUCGAGUGGUCAUCCGGAUCAAAAAUGUUCUCUCUUUCUCUACACGUUACGUCUCCUGACACCGAAUUUCACUUUCUUCCACUAAAUUAAAAAAAAAACAUUUGAAAAAUAAUACAAAUUCAUUUACAACUAUGAAUUUGUCAAAUGGACAUCAGCGAUGUCAAAAGCCGGCGGUUCUGGGCCUUCAACUGCAGUUCAAAAUAUUCAUCCUGUUAUUGAGAUUGUAAACGGUUAUAAACAUUUUGGUGUGAGAAGCAAAUGGGGACAAGUUAUGAGAAAUUUUAAUCUGACGGCUUACAAAGGAGAAAUAUAUGUUUUAUUAGGACCUGGUGGAUCUGGAAAAUCUACCGUUAUUAAUGUUAUAUUAGGUGUUACUCAAUUAAAUCAAGGAUUCGUAAAAAUAUUUGGAUUUAGCCAUGGUGAAAAAUCGAGUGGUGUUCCCGGAUUAAGAGUAGGUUAUUCGCCCGAUUCCGCAGGAUUAUUUAUGUCGCUAACAGUAAAUGAAACACUUCGUUAUUUUGGCAUACUUUUACAUUUAAAAAAGAACUAUAUCAACGAAAGAAUCUCGGCUGUAAAUGAAUUAUUAGCUUUACCACCAGGAAAUAGAUUUAUAAGUCAUUGCACAUCAAUGGAAAGAAAACAAGUAUCUUUUGCCGUUGCGAUUUUCCACGAACCAGAAUUAAUUAUUUUAGAUGAACCCGAUCAAGGAGUGGAUCCCGUCACAAAAAAAUCUAUUUCAGACCACCUUAUUAAGAUAACUCAAUCGGGUUGUACAGUGUUUAUGACAUCGAAAAACAUUUUAGAAGCAGAGACAGCAAGUAGAUUGGGGAUCAUUCGAAGUGGUUAUCUUUUAAUGGAAGGUUCUCCAAAAGAACUCGCUUCAACACAUAAACAAAAAAAUGUUGAAUCACUUUACACUCAUAUUUAUUCCUUUGCGAUACGUAAAGAAGUACCAAAAAAAGUUUCAGUGCAAGAAAAUCCUUAUGUUAAAGUUGAUGUUUUACCACAAUAUGGCUCAGAUGGAUUUUUAUAUAAAGCGGAAGAAGAAGAUAAAGAAUUCCGUAAAACUCACAGAAAAUUCCCAAAUCCGUUUAGAAGAUGUAAACGAGCAAUAUUUUCAUUUUUGCCGAAUUUUCGCCGAUUGGGAAUGUUGCUUUUUAGAGAUACAUUGUUGUCGUUUAGAAAUGUUAAAUGGCUAUGUUUUAUUUUAUUAGUACCAUUACUAAUAUUAUUAUUAAUUAAUUUUACUAUUGGACAAAUACCGACUAAUUUAAAAUUAGCUAUAGUCAAUUUCGAAGCAACCGAAGACGAAUGUAAAACUGAUCCUCAUAAAUACGUCAGUUGCGACGUCGUAAAUCUCAUAGACAGUAACAUUAUAAGUAAAAAAUAUUACGAUAGUUAUGAAAGUGCGGAAGAAGAUUCAUACAAAUUAGGGAUAAACGGGAUUUUAAUUAUUGGGGAAAAAUUUACGAAUCAAAUAAUGCGAACUAUGGCGAAUAUUGAUCUUAAUAAUGUCGAUAUUGGAAAUCCGGAUACAUCACAACUUAUUUUAAGACCCGAUGCAACCAGUAGUAUUAUUGCUAGUACUAUAGAACAUUAUACUAAACAAGCUGUAGAAGAGUAUUUAAAUGAAGCAACUAAAAAUACUAGUGUACAAAAUGCUAAUAUUGGAUAUCCUUUAAAGGUUGGUGUUCCUUUAUAUGGUCGAACACAUACGGAAUCAGAGUAUAUAGCAAAUGGAAUGGCUGUUGUUCUUUUAUAUCAUUUAGCAGCUUUUAUAGCAUCAUAUGUUUUAAUCAGUCAUCGUGAAUCACAUAUGUUGACUAGAGAUUAUGUUGCAGGUGUGAGAUGGUCAGAAACUGUUUUAUCUCAAUUAAUCAUUUAUGGUGUUUUAUUAAUAAUUGAAGGUCUUUUGAUGUAUGGAAUUUUAAUUUGGAUAAACAAUGAUACAAAUCAAAUGUUAGGAUCUCACUAUGUACUGUAUAGUCACGUGCUGCUAGUUUUAUUAUUACAAAUUUGGUGUGGGUUAUGUUUAGGUAUUUUAAUAGCAAAUAUCGUAAGAGAUAACGUUCACGCUGGAAUUGCGAUUUUUUGCUUCUUAUUAAUGACUAUAUUUUUAUGUGGUAUUAUUUGGCCACUUAAUGGAUUACCAGAUUGGUUGGUGACGAUUGUCAAGUAUUUCCCACAAACUCAAGCAAUAUUUUUAAUACGUUGUUAUAUGCAAAGAGGUAUAACAAGCGACACAACGGAUUUUAAUCUUGGUUAUAUAGCACCAUUAGUUUGGUUACUUAUAUUUAUAUUACUGACUAUUUUGAUUAAUAAAAUAAGUUGAAGUUUUUUUUUAUAAGAAUAAAUAUACU